GGCGGCGGCGGUGGCCCUGGCCCUGGACUGCGGGGAAUGGGAGUCCUAGGUCUCUGAGCGCCGCCCCCGCCUCCCUGCCCCCGACAUGGCUCAGGAGAAGAUGGAGCUAGACCUGGAGUUGCCUCCGGGUACUGGCGGGAGCCCGGCGGAGGGCGGCGGCAGUGGCGCCGGCGGGGGCCUCAGGAGGUCUAACAGCGCCCCCCUGAUCCACGGCCUCAGUGACACUUCGCCGGUGUUCCAGGCCGAGGCGCCGAGCGCCAGGCGGAACAGCACAACGUUCCAGAACCGCCACGGCCUGCUCCUGCCGGCCUCCCCCGUCCGCAUGCACAGCAGCCGCUUGCACCAGAUCAAGCAGGAGGAGGGCAUGGACUUGAUCAACCGAGAGACCGUCCACGAGCGCGAGGUGCAGAACGCAAUGCAGAUAAGCCACUCCUGGGAGGAAAGUUUCAGCCUGAGUGACAACGACGUGGAGAAGUCCGCCUCCCCGAAGCGCAUCGAUUUCAUUCCGGUGUCCCCAGCGCCGUCGCCCACCCGGGGGAUCGGGAAGCAGUGUUUUUCACCCUCCUUGCAAAGUUUUGUGAGUAGCAACGGAUUGCCUCCGAGCCCCAUUCCCAGCCCAACGACUCGAUUUACUACCCGGAGAAGCCAGAGUCCCAUCAAUUGCAUUAGACCAAGUGUUCUUGGACCAUUGAAAAGAAAAUGUGAAAUGGAAACUGAGUAUCAGCCAAAGAGAUUUUUCCAGGGCAUCACCAACAUGCUUUCUUCUGACGUUGCACAGCUGUCAGAUCCUGGCGUGUGUGUAUCGUCGGAUACCCUCGACGGAAACAGCAGCAGUGCGGGAUCGUCGUGUAACUCACCAGCGAAAGUCAGCACUACCACCGACUCUCCUGUGUCGCCUGCCCAAGCGGCCUCUCCAUUUAUUCCAGUAGAUGAACUUUCAUCUAAGUGAUUCACCCACCCAUCCUGAGACUCGGUUUUUUUGUUCGUUUGUUUUCUGUUUUGUUUUUGUUUUGCAACGGAGAGAAAAAAAAAAAAAUCAAGUCGGAGCAAGCACUGAACUUUGUCAAUUAAUUUGAGGCUAUUUCCUAUCUGACCCUCUUCCUUUUUUUUGGAAUUUCCUGAAAUGUUGUUACUCUAUAGAACUUUUAUGUCAGGUUUCUGCAGAUGCCCUUGAAUUCAGUGUAGUAAUAUUUUCAGACGUUUUCCAAUAAGUGUGUUGAAGCAUACGUCUUUAUGCUGCUAAUAUGUUUAAAUACAUAUGUUAUCCCUUGAUUUUUUAAAAUAAUUGAGAGCUCUAUUUAUUUAUGGGAUUAUUAAGUUCUGAUGCAAAUAUAAAUGUUGAAUUAAUCAGCAUAGUAAACUGAUGUUUUAAAAUUCCAUAUUUCAUGCCCACACUAAUUUUUAAUGUUAUUUUUCAGUGAUUGCUAAUUUCUAUUUGAUGAAGACCUUAGCUGUUUACAGCGAUUUUUUAAAAAUAUGUUAGUCAUAACAUAUCAAUCUAGUGGUUGUUUUAUCCAGGAAACCUUGGAUAUUUAAUUUUCUGGGUACACAAGUGGCUGGGAGGGGGAAUGAUGAACAAAAUAUGAAAGUUUGCAACAAAUCUUUUUAAAUUAACUAUAUAAACUAAACACUGAAACGCAUUUUCUAAUGAAAUUUUAAUAUUAAUUCUAAUAAUUUGUCCAAAUAGAACUACAGGAAAGUUUAAGAAAAACAUUUUUUAAACCAGAAAGUGCAUUCUCUUGGGUAUAAUCCUGAAGGAAAAUGGGACAGUGCCUUGCAGUCUUAGCCCAUUCUACAUAGGCUAAGACCAGGUUCUUGGUACCACUGCAAACUUGAAAGUUUCUCAAAUGCAGAAAAUGUGGGAAGCCCUGUUGAACUUCAUCAGAGCACCCAGGCAGAUAAGUCUCUCAAUCAUUGAUAUGCUUUAAAAUAUCCAGUUGUGCCUCAGUGAAAAAUCCUUGCCAACAAGGAGCCAAAGCAGCUUUUGGCUGCUUUUCUGCUCUGCCCAUCUGUCACCUUCCUGGUUUUCCCUGGCUCAGGAAGGAAGCAGCUGUUUCCUUGCCAACAGGUCCUUCCUCUCCAGCUCCCAUCAAACUAGGGCACCAUCGGUUAGACAGAGGUACGGUGUGACUUGGAUUUCUGACAGUGUGCAACAACAGAACUGUGGAAUUGUUGCAGGAACCUGUGUGGUUAAAGCCAGAGCUGGAGUUGACUGCCUUGGGGAUUGCUAAUUGAUUAAGGGUCAGUGACUUGCAAGAAAAAAUCAGUGGAGAGUCACAUAGGUAGAUCAUUAUUUAACUUAGAUUUUAUUAAAGGUAGAAUUGUAAAAUGUUCUUUUCUUUGCCUUUUACAACUAAGACAAAAUACAGAAAUAUUUAAUAUCAAAUGUUUUUAUAUCCUGCUUCCUAUAUCUUCCUUUAUUAGAUAGAUAGAAUGGCAGACAAAAGGGGAAGGGGAAGAAGUAAAAGAGAGACCAAGAUAAAAAGCUCCAGCUUUCUAAGUUACUGCUUAUAGAGAUUUUAACAAUUAUGUGGAAUUUUUACGACUGUGAGAAUAAAUGGAACUGGUCAGCUUUUGAAAGUUGCCUUAAGAAUUCAAUGAAAUUCUAUCUAGGGUAAGAUUGUAUCCAUAGGCUGAAAAUACUCUGUUCUGGGUAGUAGUUCAUGUACUCCAGUCCUGACCUUGUUCCUCCAGUUCAAACCUGUAUAGCCAGCUUCCUGGUGGGUACCUUGACCUGCUUCCGGAGGCGCUUUAACCUCAGCAUCUCCAAAGCAAAAUUCAGUAUCAUUGAACCUGUUCUUGAAUUACCUAAAUUGAUGUCCUCACUAGCUGAUAUUCUAAACUAGAAACCAUGGGAAGUGUCUUUGACUUUUCCCUUUACCCUAUCACAUCCAGUGUAAUCGCUAAGUCCUGUCUCCUGAACUGAAUCUGAGACCUCUCCCCUUCUCUGUUCUUUGCCUCUGAUUAAACUUGGGUUCCAGCCCAAGUGAUCUCGCCCAUUUUCCUGCCACCCUUCUGGCCCAGUCUUCACUCUGCCUCUAAAGUGAUCUUCCUGAAAUAGAAGCUUGAUUGGUUUUUCACCCUCCUGCUUGAAAACUUUAUGUGCUUCCCCAUUUCCCACAGCGUAGGGAAUGCUUUCGGUAACCUGGCAUAUAAUAAGGUCCUUCAUUCAUUCACUGGGCGUACUGUAAAACAGCUUUACAACUCUGCUCUUCCCGUCUGAGCACACAUCCUUCCUUCUUACUCUGCGAACACUAGACCCCUUGAUCUUCUUUAAAUACGCCGUGUACUUUCAUGUGUUUGUGCCUUUGGAUGGAUUGUUCUUCCCCCAAAAAAUGCCAUUCCUGUCCUUUUCAGCCAGGCAAAUGCUUUGUUUCUUUUUUAUUGCAUGUUAAUUUAACUAUGAAAGAAUGUAUACCUGCUGAUUAUAAAAGUAUUUAAACAAUGCAGAUAUCUAUAUAGCAAAAACUAAAGUCUGCCUUUUACUUUGUAAAAUUCAUCUGCCCUU